CUGUGCAACAGAUUCACGGGACGAUUAAUCUGUCUUGUCACAGCUGCAUCCGGAAACCCUCUUUCCGUAAUCCAGUCAGCAGGUACCAAAAGAGGCCAGGAUUCAUAUGAUGGCCCUGCCAACAAAAGAGCUCACGUUGAUGGAGAAGACAGUAAGUCCCAAGAUCAGUUGGCUAUAAAAAUACUGAUUCCUUCGGCGGCGGUUGGAGCAAUUAUUGGCAAAGGUGGAGAGGCCAUGAGAAGUUUGAAGAACGAUCAUCAAUGCCGAGUUCAAAUGAGCAAGAGCUCAGAAACAUAUCCAGGAACAAGUGAGCGGAUCUGUCUGGUGAAAGGACGCGUUCAGAAUGUAUUGGGCGUCAUUGAUGUAAUACUGCAAAGGAUUCGCGAGAAAUGCGAGGGCUCCACCAGCUCUGAUGCUUUUGAUCAUAAAGGAGUUAGCCGUGGAAACGAGGUGAAAAUUGUUAUGCCCAACACGUCCGCUGGUAUGGUCAUCGGUAAAGCUGGUAUCAAUAUCAAAGAUAUUCGUGAAACCUACGGAUGUCAGAUCCAGGUAUUCCCAAAAGCAGGGUCUCCUGAGGCUCAGAAUUCGCUCGAGCGGAUUGUCACAUUGGCACACGAAGACCACUCUCAACUGAUCCAAGCCACAUGUCGUGUGCUAGAGAAAGUCGUGGCUGAUCCUCAUCACACAAGCGAGAUCAACAAGGAGGACUUCGGUGGAAAAGGAGGAACAACUAGAGUAAAUUUCCUCGAUUCGAUCUCAAAUUGCCCUAAUUUUCUAAAUGCCACUUACGGUUAUCAAGCCAAUCAGCAGCAAUCGAUGAAGUUCAAUCCCAUGAGCGGUCUCGGAAACCAGGAGCUGCUCUCCUUCCUCGACAAUCUCCAGUCUACCCUUCGCUCGUCCGGUUUCAACGAGGCCAGUGUUGCCGAAGUCAUGCAGGCUAUGCAGGUACUUGCUAAAUACAACAUUAUGGGCCUGGGUCUUGGACUAGGAGUAGCAGCAAUGGCACAAAUGCGAUCUGCACAAGAGACCACCCCUCAGAUGCCUAGUAAUCAUGGUGUUGCUGGGUUUGGUGAUCAAGGUGGAUAUGCUGGUGGUGACCAGGUAGGUCGCUUCCAGGGCCAGGGAGUUCAGAUCCGCUGGCAGUAG